AGCGUGGCCCGCUCGCUCGUGAAGUGGCAUCUACAGCGCAGGAGAAAAGUUGGAGAAAAAGUUUUGUGUAACGAAAUAUUACGCACGAAUUCUGUUUAGUGUUUUUAUCUGUUAAGUGUCGGCAAACUGUGUAAUUACCUCUGUGUGCACUGCGGUUUUCUUUUCUUUUAUCCUCCUCACUUUUCUAAUCAAUCAAAUUUAAUUAAAAAAUAUUUAUUCGCGCUGCUCGCCCGCGUUGCUGUUCAUAAUAUCUGUUUCUGCGCGACGUCCAAGCCUCUGCGCUACAUCUGGUGGAGGAGAGCAGUCCGCGUCCAGGGAUACUACAGUGAAGCAGUGCGUCCUCCUCCGAGACAAAGCAGCAAGAUGCUACUAGGGGCCGAUAUUUCUCACAAAAUCAGGGACGUUUCACUUGAACGCAACGAGAGGCCAAACAAAGAAUGAAGCCUCCGCAUGACAAGCUAUGACCAACACGCAGACAAAACUGUAGACUUCUUAUUGCAAAGGCAGGACUCAAGAAUGAAGAACAAGUAUGCAAUCGUCUUCAUCUGUAUUGUGGCCCUGGUCAUCAUUGAAAAGGAGAGCAACAUCCUCUCUAGGGUCUCUGAUAAAUUGAUCCAGAGGCAGACUCCACAGCAGACUGCACAGACCCCAGUGUAUUUAAGCAACACAACACAAAAGGGCUCCUUGAUGGUACUCAAAAUGCUGCUCUCUCGACUCUCUGAUAUAAAAAGGAAAAUAUCAAAUUUCUCUGAUGAGCAAGAGGAGGAAGAACUGGAUGAUUUAGGGACAAACAAUUACACCAGUGCCCGUAAGCACAUAUUACUCUUGGCCACCACACGAACGGGUUCCUCCUUUGUUGGGGAAUUUUUUAACCAGCAUGGGAAGAACAUGUUCUACCUGUUUGAGCCUUUGUGGCACGUCGAGCGCAUGCUGACCCCGGCUGCAGAGGCAAACAAUGGGACAGUGUUGUCUGGAAUUUACAGAGAUGUACUCCAGGGGCUUUUUCUGUGUGAUUUCUCCCCUCUUGAGAAGUUCAUCUCUCCCCCACCUCAGGACCACGUCACCCCAGCUCUUUUCCGCAGAGAGUCUAGUUUAUCACUCUGUGAAGAAAGGGUCUGCACUCCUGUGAUCAAAGAUGUUUUUGAGAGGUAUCACUGUAAGAGUCGCCGCUGUGGGCCACUGAACCUAACCCUUGCAUCUGAAUCCUGCCUUUCCAAACAACACCAUGCCAUUAAGACUGUCCGCGUGCAUCAGCUGGACACACUGCAGCCUUUAAUAGAGGACCCUCGCCUGGAUGUCAGAGUUAUCCAACUAGUUCGAGAUCCAAGAGCCAUAUUAGCAUCCCGUAUGGUGGCGUUCUCUUCAAAAUAUCACACGUGGAAGGCUUGGGCGCAGAACGGUCAGGUGCCCGAAGAUGAUGAGGAGGUGAAGAGGCUCAAAGGAAACUGUGAUCACAUUAGGAUGUCUGCAGAGGUCGGUCUCAGCCAACCUCACUGGCUCAGGAACCGCUACAUAUUGGUCCGCUAUGAGGAUAUUGCCCUCUACCCUAUGCAAAAGGCAGAGGAGAUGUACAAGUUUGCAGGGAUACCAUUUAGUUCCCAGGCUAGGGAGUGGAUACUGAGGAAUACCCAGACAACACAAAAAGCCAGCGGGAUUUACUCCACCCAGAAGAACUCAUCAGAACAGGCAGAGAAAUGGAGAUUUACAAUUCCCUUUACGCUAGCUCAGGUAGUGCAGAGAGUGUGUGGACCCACCAUGAAGCUGUUUGGGUACAGAUUUGUGAAUGAUGAGAAGACACUUAUAAAUAAGUCCAUUAGUUUGCUUGAGGAUAAGUUAUUUAAUUAAUACAGGUGAAAAUACAGCUGUGAAUCUGCAAAACGGUGCAUGGCGUGCAGUGCACGAGAGCCGGCAGAAGCCAUUACUCUACAGACCAAAACUGUUAAACAGAGUUGCCAUAGAAGAAAAACAAAGGUACCAUACAUAUGGGCCAUACAGUAAGAUACUCCCCAAUGAUGUGCCUCAUUGAAAUAAUGAAGAGUUACUUGAUAAAGUGAAAUAUUUAUUUGCAUACUGCAUUCACUGAAAAGCCUGAUGCUUAAGCUUUGUGUCAUGCUUUGUAUUUCAUUUAGAAAUUAAACAAGCAUAGAUAUCAAGGGCAAAUGUAAUAGACUAUGUAUGAUUUUUUUUUUUAGUUUGAUCAUGUUUGAAAUUUAAAUGAUAAACUUCAGUAAAAAUGAUGUGCAUAUGUUGCCUUUGUAUGAAUAUGGAGCAAAUGAUACUUUGGCUCAUAGGAUUCCUAAGAUUAGUGCUUAAUAAUGCCCAGUUUGGCCUGUUAUGUUUUUUCAUAGAUCAGCGUUACUCUAGGCAACUGCUAGAAUUAUGUUUGAGUAGACCUGAUGUACUUUGAUAGAGUUUUUCAACUCUUACUCAGGAAAAGUAUAACUGGAAUUAGAUUAUGUGGCGUCUUCAUGACAAACAUUGAUAUCUUUGCAAGUGUAUAAGUACAGCGUCACCUUUUGAUUUUUGGCCAAAUGUGAUUUAAAGCAAUCCUCCUGCAAUGUAUGAGUACGAAGCGAUGAGAUUCAAGAAGGUAAGUUAAGGUCGAUAAAUAAAUUUGAUGAUACAUGAAAAGUGGUAACACCUUGACUAUCUUUUUUUAAAUU